AUGCAACUCGAAGAAGAGUUAAAGAGACAAAUACGUCAGGACUGCUGUCUCCAGCAACUGGCGGAUAGGAGACAGCAGCAACUGGUAGAGUUAGAGGCCCAGUGCGCUCGGCAGCAGCUGCGAGUAGAGCAGCUAACCCGGCAAGUAGAGGAACUCACCAGUCUCUGUGUGGAGGAGUCUCGAGAGGGUGUUAAUAACGAGCUAACGCGGCUUCAGGGCAACGAGGGUUUGUAUAGAGAGCAGCUGGAGGGUCUUAGCAAAAGACAAAAGGAGACAGAGGACAAGCUAGCAGCAGCAAAUAUAGAGAGGGAGAGACAGGCUCAGUAUAUACUGAAGGCAGAUGCAGAGACAGAGCAGCUAAAGCAGCAGCUAGCUGCAGCAUCUAGCCAGCUAGCUACUGCUGAAGUGCAGCUAGCUACAGCCCUUCGCAAAGAAGAAGAGGCACAGAGACAAGCAACACGAGCCCGAGAUGCAGCAGCAGCAGCAGCAGCAGCAGCAGAAGAGAGACAUAAGCAGCUGUGCGCCGCGCUGCAGCAUAAGGCCGAUGCGCUGCAACAGGAAGCAGCAGCAGCAGCAGCAGAAAUCCUAAAGAAAGAGCAGCAGGUAGAUGAUUUGCUGCUGCAGAUAAGCGGCCUUCAGGGGGAUCUGCAGCAGCAAACAGCGCGGAAGGAGGCCCUUGAAGAGACUCUGGCUAAGGAGAGGGAGAGACAGCAGCAGCAGCAGCAGCAGCAGCAGCAGCUGAGGCGGAGCGAAGAAACUCUUCGUGCUGCCAGAGCAGCAGCAGAAGCGCAGCUAGCAGCAGAAAUAGAAGCCCACAAAAGAGACAAAUAUAUUCUAGAGGAGACACUUGAAGAGAGGAGGGAGGUGCUGCAGGAGCGCGACUUGCUGCAGCAGGAAGCAGCAUCAGCUAAGGCGCAGCUGCAGCAGCUGCAGCAGCGGAUAGCAGAUGCUGAGGCAAGGGAGCAGCAGCUAAGAGCAGACGCAAGGCAGCAGCAGCAGCAGCAGCUACAGAAAGAAACAGAGACACUCAAGCAGCACUUUGACGAACGAAACAGAGUUGAGGAGAUACUGAGGGAGACCGAAGACAAGCUUAGAGACACGGGUCUGCAGCUGCUGCAACAGCAGCAGCAGACGCAGCAUCUGCAGCAGCAGCUUCAGAGAGCGCAGAAGCAGCAUCAGGAUGCACAAGAUAAGGCAGAUGCUCUCCAGCAGCAGCUGCAGGAGAGAGAGCUGCAGCAGCAGGAAGAACUGCAGCAGCAGCAGCGCGAAACGCAGCAGCAGCGAGACCAGCUGCAGCAGCAGAUGCAGCAACAGCAGCUAGAGCUGAAGCAGCAACUCGGCGACCUCCAGCAGCAGCUGCAGAAGGAGAAGCAGAAAACUACAGACGCGGAGACAGUGAUAGCGAAGCUGCAGCAGCAGAAAAAGGCAGAGAGCAGCGCAGCAGCAGCAGCGCAGCAGCAGCAGCAGCUGCUGCAGAAGCAACAGCAAGCAGCAGCAGAAGAAGCUAGAAACAAAGAGACUCAAGUGCAGCAACUUAAGGAGGUUGUCUCUUCUCUAGAGAGUCGCUUAGCUACGGUGCAGACAGAGAGAGACACAGCGAACGAGAAACUAAAGGAGACAGUGCAGCAGCAGCAGAAGCUGCAGCAGCAGCUGCAGCAGCAGCAGCAGCAGGCAGCAAAGGUUGAAGACGAGCUGAAGAAGCACCGGGAUGCAGCAGGGAAGGAGAAAGAAACUCAGGAGAAGGAGCGCAAAGCCUUAGAGCAGCAGCUGCAGCAGCUGCAGCAGAAGCAGCAGCAACUGCAGCAGCAAGUCUCAUCUACAGCAGAAUCUUCAAACGAGACUCUAGCAAAAGAGAAGCAAGCAAGAGAGCAACUAGAGAAGCAGCUGCAGCAGCAAACGAAGGCAAAAGAGGAGCUGCAGCAGCAGCUAGCGGCAGCUCAGGAGCAGCUGAAAGUACAGCAGCAGCAGCAGCAAGAAAAAGCAGCAGCAGGAGCAGAUACAGGGCCUCAAGUGGCGAAGGCUGAGGGGGAGACAGCAGAUAACCAGGCUGAAGCUGAGGAGGCAGCAGCAAUAGCAGCAGCAGCAGCAGCAGCAGACAUUGAAGGGCUAAAGAAGAUAAUAGAUAAGAAGGCUGAGCGCUUUCAUAAAGCCAAGGAGAGACACUUAGAGGUGGUGCACCGCUACAACAAUUUGGUUGUUAAAUAUAACAGUCUCCUUGACGAGAUCUCCCGCUUCAUUAAGGAUGCAAACGACAG